CUAUCUGUGUUCCAACGGUCCACUCUCUUUAUCUCUCCGUUCCCCUCCCCCAACGAAUCCCACACAAACACAGAGGGUCUGGCUACAGGCUAUGGGGGGCAGCACUUAGCUGUGAUGGAUCUACCUAACCGGAAAUGCUGUGGAGCAAGACGCAUGUAAACAAGAGGAUGUCGCAGAGACCGACCCAAGCUAGAGAAAUGAACGGUCAGACAGACGUUGAGGUCGACUACAAGCGGAAAUACAAAAAUCUCAAAAGAAAAUUAAAAUUUCUUGUUUAUGAACAGGAAUGUUUUCAGGAGGAGUUGAGAAGAGCACAAAGAAAACUUCUGAAGGUUUCCCGAGACAAAAGCUUCCUUCUAGACAGAUUGCUCCAAUAUGAGAGGGUUGAUGAAGACUCCUCUGAUUCAGAUGCAACAGUUUCUUCAGAAAACAGUGAAGGGGAAGGACUAAGAGAGAGGGAAAGAGAACGAGAAAUUGCAAAGAAGAGAAAAAGCAGCCCUGGAGCCUGCCUUUCAUCCUCUUCAUCAUCGCCUCAUCUCUCUCUGCUGUCCCGUUCUGGAGUAAACCCCCUGCAGUCGUCCAGCGCCGGAUCGUACCUCAACGCUAUGCCCUUCCCACCAGAGUAUUUGGCACCGCCAGCUGAGCGAAUGAAGAAAGAGAGAAAAACAAAGACACCAAAAAACAAGCGAGUGGCCACAGGGAAGGUUGUUGGUCCGAUGGCGGCUAACUACACGUCAGCCUCCGGUACCCCUCAAACAGCCAGCAGCCCCUUCAGCUGGGUUCCCAAACAAAUGCUCAGCGGAGAUGCGGCUGACGAGGAAGGUGAGAGCGACGGGGACAGCGACAAGGGAGACGAGGACAGAGGGGAGGGAGACGAGGCCGAGCUCGUCAUUGACAUCCCCAAUGAGUGAAAGUGACUGGGAGCUGGGAUGUAUCUAACGGCAGGACAGAGGAGGGGGGGCCUGCUUCUGUUUGUGUAAGGGGUGAAAGAGAGGACUUGAAUGUUUGUCCUGAAAGGCAAGCUCCCCCUGGUGGAAAUGAGAUUCAUUGUAGGAAAAAUAAAACUGCAGAAAUGAGUGUUGUUGAAGUAAUAAAACCGUAAAACAGUGAUAGUUUCUUAAAUUCAGUCUUAGUUGUACAGGUGCACUGAUUAUGUUUUCCCAACCAGAACUGAUUUAUUUUUGUGUCUUAAUCUGCUGAUUUACAAUGUAAAAUAUUUUUCCUUCUCCCAAUAAUUGAAUGUGAAAAACAUUGACCAUAAAAAAGAUGGAUUAUCUGUUUUUCUGAACAGCAACAGAUAUUUUGCCCUAAGCAGAGAUUUUGCAUUUCAAGUUCCAAAAUAGGUUUAACUGGAAAGCUUCUGCACUGUUGUAACAUGUUGGUACCUAAAACCUGCUCAGCAUUAAAGGGCUAAUGGUGGUU